CCGACGAGGCGGAAGUGCUAAAACAUCCUGUUCGUGUAGCACGUUAUAUGGUCCGACUUUUCAGUCAUAAGUCUUUCUUCUUACAGCCGGUUUCUUAGUUACUUACUUUAAGUAGUUGUUUGUUGUUACCUUUUUCUGAGCAAAAUGCCUCUAAAGUUUGAGCUGUGUCCCGGAAGAAUGAUCGGAGGAAACCAUCCGUGUUUCAUCAUAGCCGAAAUCGGACAAAAUCACCAGGGAGACAUUGAGAUUGCAAAGAAGAUGAUUAAAAAGGCAAAGGAGUGCGGUGCAGAUUGUGCCAAAUUUCAGAAGAGUGAACUGGAGUUUAAAUUUAACAAACGAGCCCUGGAGCGCCCGUACGCUACCAAGAACUCCUGGGGAAAGACUUACGGUGAACACAAGCGCCACCUGGAGUUCAGCCACGAGCAGUACAGGGAACUGCAGAAGUAUGCAGACGAGGUGGGGAUCUUCUUCACUGCCUCAGGGAUGGAUGAGAUGGCAGUGGAGUUUCUCCAUGAGCUCAACGUGCCUUUCUUCAAAGUGGGCUCUGGAGAUACCAACAACUUUCCUUACCUGGAGAAAACCGCCAAGAAGGGACGUCCUAUGGUGGUGUCUAGUGGCAUGCAGUCCAUGGAGACCAUGCGUCGAGUCUACAAGACUGUGAAGGAGCACAACCACAACUUUGCCAUUCUGCAGUGCACCAGUGCCUACCCUCUGGAGCCUGAAGACGUCAACCUCAGAGUGAUCACGGAAUACCAGAAGGAAUUUCCAGAUAUUCCUAUCGGCUAUUCCGGCCACGAGUCUGGAAUCCACAUUUCAGUGGCAGCAGUAGCUCUGGGGGCAAAGAUUAUUGAGCGCCACGUAACUUUAGAUAAAACCUGGAAAGGAAGUGACCACGAAGCAUCGCUGGAGCCCUCUGAGCUCACCGAGCUGGUUCGCGCCAUCCGACUGGUGGAGCGAGCGCUGGGGAGCGGUAUCAAACAGAUGUUGCUUUGUGAAAAGCCCUGCCAUGACAAGUUGGGUAAGUCGGUGGUAGCCAAGGUGAGGAUCUCUAAAGGAACCGUCCUGACUAUGGACAUGCUGGCCGUGAAGGUGGCCGAGCCCAUGGGUGUCACAGCAGGGGACAUCUUCCAGCUGGUUGGUAAGACUGUGACGGAAGAUGUGGAGGAGGACCAGAGCGUCACACCGGAAGUGGUGGACGGCUACGGCAAGAAAGCCAAGUGCUGAUGAUGCAAGAGAAGCUUGAAACCAUUUUGAUUUGAUUUGAAAAGGAAUUUUAAUUGAUUCCUGUGUGGAUCAACUGGGAAGAGCUCAAUCUGACAGAUUGAAGGAGGGAGGAGCAUCAUAGUACAUUUGUCUGCUGCUGAUUUCUGACCCGCAAAUCACGCUCAUGGUUCCAUGACAUAAUUGAAUGUUGCUCUCGAAUCUAAAAGUUUAAAUAUUACCACCAACAAAGGCUUAGACUGACAGCUCUGCCAGGUCCCAUCACUAUUCAGCCAUGUCAUGAACCUGACUCCUGUUUUUGUUUCAGCAUCGGUUGUGAAAAUCAGUCUUAAAAGGUGGAGGAAUGUAAAAACAGUGAUGUUGAGCUGUUCUGAACAGAUAAAACUUCUAAAAAUCCUC